UAUAUAUUCCUUUUGCGGAAAUAUAUAUAUCUUAUGUACAGAAUAUGUAUAGAACAUGAGAUUUCGUAUGUAUGGUAGCCUUGAAAUUAGAUUCCUUCCUUCGCUUGGCAUUGUUCCGGCGGCCAAGAAAGUUCAAACUUUUAUCUAGCAAACAAAAACUCCAGCUAAAACCAUAAAAAUCCAAUUGCCGGCCUCUUUCUUGAAAUUCUCAUCCAUUUGUAUUCAAUCAUGGCUCCAUUAAUCAGACCUCCACUGCAACUCCUUUUCAACAAUGGCAAACUCUCAAUCUCAAAAGCUUGAUCUUGUUUUUAUAUUAGUGUUUUCUUUGUUAUUCUUGCCCACCAUGACUACUUUAGAAUCUUUGUCCCCUUGCAAUAACAUAGGCCCUGUAAUUCCCACCACACCCUUGAUUACAUUUCUUGAACGUGUUCAAGAAACUGCACUUGACACUUUUGGAAAGAAAGGUUUUGAUCCAAAACUGUAUGUCGAUUUGUCCUUAAAGUUCAAUCUUUCAACGACCGAGAAGGCAUUUGAUGGGCUUCCAAGGAAUGAAAAUGGGAAUGUUUUGGUUAAGGACUUGGAGGAGUUUAUAGCAACAUAUUUUGAGGAUGAGGGGGACGAUUUGGUGUACUAUGAUCCACCGGAUUUUGUGCCUGAGCCAGACGGAUUCUUGCCUGAGGUAGAGAACUUGGAGGUGAGGGAAUGGGCUUUAAAGGUUCAUUCUUUGUGGAAGAAUUUAAGUAGAAAAAUCUCAGGUGAAGUCCUCAAACAGCCUGAAUUACAUACUUUGCUUCCUUUGCCGGAGCCGAUGAUUGUGCCGGGCUCACGUUUUCGAGAGGUGUAUUACUGGGAUUCCUAUUGGGUGAUCAGGGGUUUGCUGGCAAGUAAAAUGUAUGAGACUGCAAAAUCAAUUGUGACUAACCUCAUUUCCCUUGUAAAUAAAUAUGGCUUUGCUCUUAACGGAGGAAGGGCCUAUUACACCAACAGAAGCGAACCUCCUCUCCUGAGUGCAAUGGUGUAUGAGAUAUAUAACAGAACUGGUGAUAUGGAAUUGGCAAAAGCGGCACUGCCUGCAUUGCUCAAGGAACAUGAAUUUUGGAAUUCUGAGAUGCAUAAGGUCACCAUCCAGGAUGCUCAAGGCAGCAAUCACAUCUUAAGUCGGUAUUAUGCAAAGUGGAACAAACCUAGGCCUGAAUCUUCAACCAUAGACAAGCAAUUUGCUUCCAAGUUAUUGAAUGUCUCUGAGAAACAGCAAUUUUAUCGAGAAGUGGCUUCAACUGCUGAAUCUGGAUGGGAUUUCAGUACAAGAUGGAUGAGGAAUCCUUCAGAGUUCACAACAUUGGCUACAACAUCAGUCUUACCUGUUGAUUUAAAUGUAUUUAUACUUAAGAUGGAACUAGACAUCGCCUUCUUGGCAAAAGAAACUGGAGAGGAAAGCCUUGCAGAGAAUUUCUUGGAGGCUUCUCAAGCAAGAAAGAGGGCAAUCAACUCCAUUUUCUGGAAUGAAAAGAUGGGGCAGUGGCUUGAUUACUGGCUCACUGGUAGCACCACAUGCCAGGAAACAUGGAAAGCUUCUAACCAGAAUCAGAAUGCAUUUGCUUCAAAUUUUUCCCCUUUGUGGAUUAAUCUGUUCAAUUCAGAUACUACUUUGGUGAAGACUAUCAUGAGAAGUCUUCAAAGUUCAGGCCUGCUAUGUGCUGCUGGAAUUGCUACUUCUUUAAAAAAUUCAGGACAACAAUGGGACUUUCCAAACGGUUGGGCUCCGCUUCAACACAUGAUAGUUGAAGGCCUGGUAAGAUCUGAAUCACAAGAAGCAAGAUCAUUAGCAGAAGAAAUAGCUAAGAGAUGGAUCAGAACCAACUAUAUUGGAUACAAGAAAACAGGUGUAAUGCAUGAAAAGUACAAUGUAGAAAAGUGCGGAGAAUUUGGAGGAGGUGGUGAAUAUGUACCUCAGCAGACUGGUUUUGGUUGGUCAAAUGGAGUUGUGUUGGCAUUUCUGGAGGAGUUUGGAUGGCCUCAAGAUCAGAGAAUAGAUUGCUGAUUGGCCAGGAAAUUGAGAGUAUAUAUAUAUCAAGGAAUGACUUUAACAGUAACAGAAUUGUGUCAAAUUCUCAGAAAGUACAUUCCUUUGCUUGUGAGUUCUUGUUCUAUUUUUUUUAAUUCAUUGGAAGCUUUUAUGGGCCGAAAUAACAAUGUGGUCGAAAGGACUCGAACUUGAGACUCCAACUCCUCACAUACGUGAGAAAACCAGACCACCAACUGAUCGGCAAGUUCUUGUUCUAUUUGCAUUGGAUCUAUAUAUAUAUAUAUAUCCUUUCAACUCUGAUAGAUGUGGAAUUGGGAUAAAAAGGAUAGAAAUUAAUUAAGGUCACUUUCUGUUUC